AUGGGCUGGCAGUGUGUGCUGAUGGCCGGCCGGCUGGCCGGCUCCCGCAAGGCUCGGGCACGGCUUCCUACCAAAGAGUGCUCUGCCACCGCCGUCCCAGGCCUGGCCCUCUACACGUACGAGGAUGGCUCUGAUGACCUGAAGCUGGCAGCGUCAGGAGGCGGAGGUUUGCUGGAGCUCUCCGGCCACUUUGAGAUCCAGAAGGUGAUGUACGGCUUCUGCAGCGUCAAGGACCCCCAGGCUGUGCUCCCCAAAUAUGUCCUCGUCAACUGGGUGGGUGAGGACGUGCCGGAUGCCCGCAAAUGCGCCUGUGCCAGCCACGUGGCCAAGAUUGCCGAGUUCUUCCAGGGCGUGGACGUCAUCGUCAACGCCAGCAGUGUGGAGGACAUCGACCCAGGGGCCAUUGGGCAGCGGCUCUCCAACGGGCUGGCCCGCGUCUCCAGCCCGGUGCUGCACCGCCUGCGGCUGCGGGAGGACGAGAACGCCGAGCCUGUGGGCACCACUUACCAGAAAACCGACGCCACCGUGGAGAUGAAGCGGCUCAACCGGGAGCAGUUCUGGGAACAGGCCAAGAAAGAGGAAGAAUUGCGUAAGGAGGAGGAGCGGAAAAAGGCCCUGGACGCCCGGCUGCGGUUCGAGCAGGAGCGGAUGGAGCAGGAACGGCUGGAGCAGGAGGAGCGGGAGCGGCGCUACCGGGAGCGCGAGGAGCAGAUCGAGGAGCACAGGCGGAAGCAGCAGAGCAUGGAGGCAGAGGAGGCCCGGCAGCGCCUGAAGGAGCAGUCCAUCUUCGGGGAGCAGCAAGAGGAAGACGACAGGCAGCAGCUCAGGAAAUCAGAGUCAGAGGUGGAGGAGGCUGCUGCCAUCAUCGCUCAGCGGCCCGACAACCCCCGGGACUUCUUCAAGCAGCAGGAGCGGGUGGCAUCGGGCAGCAGUGACACCGUCUCACCGGGCAGCCACAGGACAGGUCGUCUGCACUGUCCUUUCAUAAAGACAGCUGACAGUGGGCCGCCUUCUUCCUCCUCCUCCUCCUCCUCCCCCCCACGGACCCCCUUCCCCUAUAUCACCUGCCACCGCACCCCAAAUCUCUCCUCUUUCUUCCCAUGCAGCCAGUCGGACGCCUACCGCAAGGCCUCGGCAGCGGGCUGCAGCCCCUGCGAGUCCAGCCCGGCCGCCACGCCGCCGGGCGAGCCGGGCACCCGCGCGUCGGGCAACGAGACGCCGGCAACGCCCAAAGACUCCCCCAGCCCCAGCACCCAGGAGGCCGGGCCAGUCAUCCCUGAGCAGCACUGGCCCUUCCCAGGGCCCGAGGACAAGGCCACCGAGCCCCCCGGGGACGAGCCCAGCCCCAGGCCGGUGUGGACAGCAGGGGGUGACUCCCUGGGGGACCUGAUGACCCUGGAGCCUGCCGAACCCUCCCCGUUACCUGUGGCUGCCGAGCCCCAGCCGGGGGAGACCCCCAACCCCGAGAGCCUCAUCGACCUGUGGCAGAGCGAUGGGGUGACCCCCCCCGCUGCCUGGCCCCUGCCUGCUGCCCCUGUCCCCGAGGGCCCCCCGGCCACGCUGCCCGAUGAGGGGACCCUGCUGAGCCUGGACGAGCUGCCCGAGCCCCCUGCCACCUUCUGCGACGCGGAGCAGGAGGAGGAGGCAGCCGGUGGGGGUGAGACCCAGCCCCGGGGGCUUGGCUGCCAGCGUGCCCCCCAGGAGGAUGCCCAGGGCCGAGAGACCCCCCCCAUCACCAAUGGGGAGAUGGCCCCCAAGGAUGGGACGCCGGGUCGUGGGGAGCAGGCCAGCGAGGGCUAUUUCAGCCAGUCCCAGGAGGAGGAGGUACCCCCCCCCGAGGAGCCAUCGGCCAAAGCCCCCCAGCCCGUCUUCUACAACAAGCCCCCAGAGAUUGACAUCACAUGCUGGGAUGCGGACCCCCUGCCUGAGGAGGAGGAGAGCUUCGGGGGGGGCCUGUAA